CGCGCAUGCUCCCUAGCUAUCCACCUUCAUGCAUGUCAACAAAAACAAACGUCAAAUCGUGUUGAAGCUGAGCUUUCUCACGUCACGUCUCCGGUAUGAUCGUGUAUGUGCGCUUUAACUCCAGUGAUCCGGUGGAGGUGGAGGUGGAGGAGGGGACGAGUGUAGCCGAGCUGAAGCAGACGGUGGGGCGACUGCGAGGCGUUCAGCCUGAUCAACUGCGUGUCAUUUUUGCUGGGAGAGAGCUCUGUGGAGAUUCCACACUACAGGCUUAUGAUCUGCCCGAGCAGAGUACGGUACACGUGGUGCUGCCUCCAGCUGGUUCCACACGCCGUUCAGAGCUGGUGCUGCAGCGUAGGCUGAGCAGAGGAGUAAACAGUCUGACCCGACUGGACCUCAGUGCCUCACGACUGCCUGCCACCUCCACCGGCCUUGCUGUCAUCCUAGAGAAUGAGGACUCACACACACAAACAGAGACCAAACCCCACAGCUCUUUCUACGUGUUCUGUAAGACGGUGUGUAAAUCCAUUCAGCCGGGAAAACUACGUGUACGGUGCCGAACCUGCAAGCAAGGAACCCUGACGCUUAGCCGGGGACCCUCGUGUUGGGAUGACGUGCUUCUUCCUGAUAGGAUUCAUGGUGUGUGUCAGUCAGAGGACUGCGAUGGCCGGAUGGCGGAGUUUUAUUUGAAGUGUGCUGCACAUCCCACUUGUGAUGAUGACACCUCGGUGGCACUAGACUUGAUCAUGAGCAACGUCCUCCAUGUCCCCUGCAUCGCCUGCACUGACAUUGUGAGUCCUGUUCUGGUGUCUCAGUGUGCUGAGCGUCAUGUGAUCUGUUUGGAUUGUUUCCACAUGUACUGUGUUACUCGACUGAACGAGCGACAGUUCAUCCACGAUCCUGUGCUGGGAUACUCACUACCCUGUGCUGCUGGAUGUUCAGAAUCUCUCAUUAAAGAACUGCAUCAUUUCCGGGUACUGGGAGAUGAGCAGUAUGAACGGUACCAGCGCUAUGCGGCGGAGGAGUGUUUGCUGCAGAUGGGGGGAGUUCUUUGCCCUGCUCCAGGCUGCGGGGCGGGUCUCUUUGUCGAGGAUGAACGCAGGAGGGUGCAGUGCGAACUGAAAGGUGGCCUAGGAUGCGGGUUUGUGUUCUGCCGGGACUGUAAGGAGGCGUACCAUGAUGGUGAAUGUACACAGCACCGUUCCUCAGCAGCAGGACGGCCCACGCAGGGUUAUGUGGUGGAUGAAGAGGCUGCCCUGCAGGCCCGCUGGGAACAAGCUUCACAGAACACUAUAAAAGAGACGACGCGGCCAUGUCCCAAAUGCAGAGUCCCUGUGGAGAAGAAUGGUGGCUGCAUGCACAUGGUGUGUCCUCGUGCACAAUGCAAGUUCCAGUGGUGCUGGCUGUGUCGUGUGGAGUGGAAUAGAGAAUGUAUGGGAAACCACUGGUUUGGAUGAGCUGCACAUUUCUAAAGCUUGAAUAUACUCAGGGAAGUGUAUCUGUGGGUAAUUUGCACAGCAGGCCUUCAGCUGCAACUAGAACGAGUAUCAGUGUUAUUAUGCCAUGCAAAUCUGAGUGAAAUCCAGGAAGCUGUGCAUCAUGUGAAUCUAAAUAGAAAUAUUUAUAUCAGGCACAUUGUUUAAAUCAUAUGUCAUUUUGUUGGCAUGCUUCUGAUACUGUACUAUUAAAUCUUAUUAAAAUAUUUCAAUGAAA